GUUUGCUCGGUAGUGCGUACCAAAAAUUGUGAUGAUAGAAGAAGAACUUUUUUACAUCAGUGAGAGCUAAGAAUGCCAUGAAAUAAACUGCGGGAUAAAAUUGAGAUAAACCAUUGUGCUGCUAUCAGUGCAUCUUUUUACGAUAAAAAAGCGGGAUGAUCGGUGGUUAAGGCAACAAAUGUGAAGAACUGGAAAAGAAUCCGCAAGAACGAUGUGACAUUGGCAAUGAUAAGUUAAACAAUUUAUGAAAAUAAUCGUGUUGAACAGCAUGUUCAUGCCAUAAAAGGUAAAUUAUUCGGAUCUGGUAUAAAAAUUUUUAGAUGGAAUGGUACAAUUCGCGGAAAUAUCCAUUUUGUAAGUGAAAAAAAUUUUGCACGAAAGUAUACAUAGAAGAAACAAGAAUGAUACCGUACAAUUUUAUGAUAUUAACAAGAUUGCUAUUUCAAGGAUCUGUAUUCAUUGCUGUGAGCGUUACUGUUGUUCUCAUCGCACACAAUCAUGUCGCUUGUACAAAGUCGUACAAAUCGAAGAAAACAAUAUUUCAGGCUAAGAAUGAGCUUAAUCUUUCCCAAGUUUACAGCAAUUUUGAGAAAUUGAUCCUAGACACGGUUCUAAUGAUGGAAAGGCCAGAGACAUAUUUUAAGGUCAAAAUUGGUGAUGAACAGUACACAAGAAACUUUGCCGAAAUGUAUCUUAAAGUUCUGAAAUGGGGAGAACAUUUAAAUAACAACGACCCAAAAUCUAAUCGCAACGUGCUUGGUUGCAGCAAUUUUGACCUAUACAUGAAGUUGUUCACCAUAUUGAACAAUAAACUGAAAAAAUUAUUGGUAGAGUUGGAGGAUUUAGCAAACAAAGGCGAUGGCAGACAAGACCCUGAAUGCCUUGCAAGACUUGAUGCCCUGAAAAUACAAUAUAGGCCGAUUGUAAACUCGUUAAAUCAUAAUUUACGCGAGCUCAUUUACCUGGCGAUGCUCGCCAAUCCCGUUGUUGAGUCCUGGGAACUGGAACUUCCUAAGAAAUGCUCAAAAUGCAAAAGAAACAGUACGAUUCUGUAUCAUGAAUGCACGCAUCGAAUGGACAUUUCUUGUCUUGUUACGUCAUAUAUUUUUCACGACAAGAAGUGUUUCCGGUGCAAGAAGUGGAUACUUAAGUUCCUUGACGAUCACUAAAAGUUUUUAAGCUCCUGUGUUUUAGUCAUUUUGUCCAGUUAGCUGGGCGGAUGGCAAGAAAAGAAUUUUAGUGAUGAUGCAUCGUAUUACCAUACGAUGCAUUUGAAAUGAAG